UUUGAUCUUUUCUUUGAUGGUCAGAUUCGCCGACUAUACAACAUCGAGUUGGAUAAUUCUGUGGUGAUUUUCGAUGAAGCUCAUAAUAUUGAACAAGUCUGUGAAGAUGCCGCGUCCGUGUCUCUAACAUCCAGUCUUCUUGCUUCUGCCAUCGAAUAUGUUCGUACCGUAUGCGAGGUCGUUUUUAACUUGACUGCCGAUCUGGAAAACUCAGGAGACACGAAUCAAAAAGAACCCAACGAUAUACUGACCACUUUUGAUGUUACAAGGGCGGGUGAGGACAAAAUACGAUCACUCAAUUUGGAAAAACUCCUUCUCCUCAAAGGACAGCUUAUCGAAUUCGAACGACUCAUCGAUGCACUGGAAGUUUCUGAGACUGGUCUGACAAAAACGAGCGAUUUCCUGGUGGAGUUACUUGGGCGGGCUGGAAUCACCAGCAACACAAAGGAACACGUGUUGGAAUCAAUCGAGGAAAUUCUGUCUGCGUCCAGUUCGGCUGAGAUUUUCGAGAGUACAGGCACACGCUCCUUCUCGUCGUCACUUCUCUUCCCUCUUGGCAUUCAAUCCGGAGCCGAUUUUUCCCGUUGCUUCCGUCUGUACAUAAAAGAUGAGCCACUCCAUUCUCGAGAUUGCGCGACGGAGGAUCGUGUUUGGGAUUCCCGUGGAUCGCAUCGACCCACAGUGGAUCGUACUCUUAGUUACUGGUGCCUUAGCCCUGGACGACUCCUCGACGCUCGUCGGGCAAAUCUGGCAGACCGCGAGUACAAUGAACAGUGCAUCUCCCUGAAGCGUGAACUCACAAAUAGUUUGAGAGACGACAGAGAGAGCUGCGCAAUGCAGGACUUGGUCCGGGAACGGGUUCGUUGCGUCAUUCUCACCAGCGGGACUCUCUAUCCAGUGGAACCGAUUGAAGCAGAAUUGCGCAUGAAAUUCGACGUUCAACUGAAAAAUCCACACGUUAUCAAACCGGACCAAGUGCGUGUCACAAUUUUAACUCGGGGCUCUGACGGUCAGGCGCUCAGCUCCACUUAUGCCUCCCGGGAAAAGCAAGAGUCUCGUGCUUCACUCGGACUCACUUUGCGUACGUGUCAGAGCUUAGAAUUUUUGUUCAAAUUGUGUGGUUUUGCAGAUUUCAGUAUCAUGUUUGAAUUUUGA